AUGACAUCUCUCAAUGUUAAUGUGUUUGACGAUAGAGGUUCAAACAGUUCUCAAAGUAAUUCGAGGGUGCUGCUCUCUCCACCUCAGGGAGCCAACAAUUACUUACUAAUUCCAACCAGUAACUAUGCAGGAUCAUCAGUAUGUUCCUCUGACAGACAUUCCAAAACUGACAUUUCAGGUUCUGAAGUUAAUGCGGUAACAAAACUGAAGAACUCGACUUUGGAGUUUGUACUCUUCAUACAAGACAACCAAGUGAAGGAGGGAAUCUAUGGUUAUGUGAUAACCUUGUUGAUUCACUUGUACAUGUUUUGGAUUGGAAUUUUUCUACCAAAUCUUGGACCAGAAAUGAUGUACGGAGAUUGGGGAACAUGGAUUUUCUCAGUACUCAACUAUGCUAUUACUCUCUCAUUUGAAAGGAUCCCUUAUAAGGGAGGUAUUGUAUUGGCUUUUAUUGGAGUAGGUAUUGUAUUGGUAUUUGUAAUUCUAUUGAUCUGGACAAUCUUUGCCUACAAGACAACCUCCCAACAUUUAAAGAACUCGAGAAGAGCUAUUGCCAUCUUUUCCAAAGUAUUUCCAUUCAUAUCAGUACCUCUCUUGUACUUGAUGACAUUCUCUCUUGAUUGUAAUUAUACAGUAAGCUCAUCAAAUCUGAAUAGAUUUGAAUUCUAUUCCCAUGAGGUGAUCCAAUGCCACGAUACUAGCAAUAUUAUAUUUGUGGUGGUAAUGAUCUUGGCCAUCCUGUUAUUGAUUAUACUCAAUGUAUUCUCCAUGCUCAUUGUACCAAACUGCCAUCCUCAAAAUAUAGCUCCAUUUGUGACCGAUAAUCCAGUUUUCAUGAGCUUGUUAGUUGCCUUCAAUCUGUGGCAACUCUUUUUACACUUUAUCAUUCCAACACAAUACUCUUUUAUGAGAGCUAUUGUUCAUAGUGUUGGAUCUAUUAUUUUAAUUAUAAUUUUUGCCAAGCUGAUUCCAUUCAUUAGAAGAAUUGAGAAUAGUAUUGUAUUUGGUUGCCUGUUGGCUAGAUUAGCUUCGAGUAUUGGAGCUAUUGUAACUUCUAUUGUAAAUAACCCAUCCCUAUCAAAGAUACUGCCAUCGGUGGAUAAUACACUUGGUGUUGGACUUGCAGGUCUAACUAUUGGUUUGAUUAUUAUUGGUUUUGUGCUUGGUUUCUCCCUUAUGGAAUUGUAUACGAGAUUUAUUGUGAGAUCUAUUAGAAACUUUGUUCUGGAAUGUAUUCAAUCAGAUAAUGAUGAAACAAAUCUAGAUUCCAAAGAAACUGAAAAAUACAUUGAGAAAGAAGCACAAAUUAUUUAUCAACAGUUGGUUGAGUCAAGAAAAUUAAGGCACCUUAGAAUAUUCUUUAAAUUUUCUAUGAAAUUCAAAGAAAAAUAUCCAACGGAAAAAUCAGAAACGCCCACACAGCACAAUCUACUCGAUAUUUAUAUUUGUAUUGCUCUGAUUAAGGGGUUCUCUUCCAAUAACCAAUUAGAUAAUGAGAUUAUCCUUCUCUCUAGUAUGAUUAUUGCAAAUUAUUUGCCAAACGAGGUCAAUUCUACAACAUUUGCUCAAGGACUUUUGAAGAAAGCUUUUAAAAGAAGACCAUCCACUUACUAUAAUUUAUUAAUUAGUCUAGCUCAAAAACAAGUAGAAGCAACGGUCUAUCAAACCAAUCCAGAGAGCAGAAACAAUGUUGAAAUGGCCAAGCUUAUUGGUCACUUAGAAAGAAGACAGGAUGAAUUACGAGCACUUCACAGAGCUUUCUGGAAGGAAAUCAUGCAAGAAAAUAUCAAUCAUGAAAAAUGUGAAUCUAUUAUUGUAAGGAUUGGGAUAUUGUCUCAUGAAUGUGAAACUAAAUUCAAGAAUUUAAUGCACAUUUACAAAAACGACAAGACAGUUCUUCGAUGUGUUGCUAAAUAUGUAGAAUCUUUUAAAUUCAAUAAGGAAGCUGCUCAGGAAUUAUAUUCUGAAGCAACAACAAUUGAAGAAGAGGAUUCCAAACGAAUGAAUGCCUCCUCUAAAAGAAGAAUUAAAAAGAACCAAAAGAACAGAGUGCAUCCUCAACAAAUCAGUCACGCUUUUGAGACGUUAUCUUAUGGUGAUGCUAAUCAUCAUGAGGUAGAGUCCACUGUUGUAGGAGAUUUGAAUAACGAUUUUGGUGGUGUUGAGAAUAAUCCAGAAUUGAAGAAGGAGCUUCUGUUCAGGAAUGCAUUGGCCAUCUCACAUAAGAAUCAUUCACAUCUCACAAUGUUUUUCAUUUUCAUUGUGCUAUCCUUGCUAAUUUUGGUUUCAACAUUAGUAAUGAGCUUGAUGUUUUCGAAUUAUGUUACUGAGAGCGUACUUGUUGUGGAUACUGCCUGUACACCGAUUGCAUCUGCUAUUCGAAUUGUUAGUGGAACAAGAAGUUAUCAGAGCUCUCUAUUGUUGUACAGUUCCAAUUCAUCAGCUUGGCCUUCAUUAUUGGCAGAAUAUGGCUACUCGAGCCUUUCUGAAUUCAAGAAAGCUCACAAGAAAGAGCUAAGGGAUAAUAUUGAUUACUUAAUUCUAUUGAAAGAGCUAGCACAAACAGCCAAGUUUACCACUGAUAUGUACUCUGAAUUUCAUGAAUACUACUAUAGCUUUAAUCAACCAAAGGCAAAUACUAAUGGUUUGGAAAAGAUUUACAACUCUACCACAGCUAUCAAUAUUACCAUUGCAGAUAUUACUAAUUUGGCUAUAACCUAUUCAGAGCAGAUUUACAAAUUUGAAGAUGAGGAUUAUCUACAUACUUUCAGCAGUUAUCCUUUCAUGAUACUAUUCAACAAUAGGAAUAUUAUGACAGCAGCUUAUUCUUCAUUCUGUUACAAAUUUGUUGAGGAAUCCAAGAGCUAUACCAAGACGAUUUCCAAUACUUUUAUUAUUUACUACUCUUGCUCAAUUGUUGUUUAUUUUACUUACACUGCUAUUUAUUUGUGCUUUGCAAGAUUGGAUUUGUCUUUUUUGAAAAAGCUUAUUGUUUUAUUGGAAAAGAAUGUGUCAAAGCAUGAAGCAGGAAAAAUGUAUCACAAUUUGGGCAAGCUAGUCCAAGAUGACAGCUCUGUAAGACCGGCCAAGAACUCUGCUUUAUACCCUAGGAAUGUUGUGGUAGGAUUGGGAAUUGUGACAGCAAUCUGUGUUGCACUCUGUGCUGGUUUGUUCCUAGCUCAAACUCUCAGCAAUUCUCAAUACAGCUUUGAGUCCUAUGUCACCAUGAGGGAUGCUUUCAAUGCAUUAGAAAACUCCCAAUAUAUUGCAGAAGCGAUAACUGAGGAAUUCAUUAAUUUAAAAAUUGCUGACAAAACAUUUAUUAAUGGAUUGGUUUCAUCUAAUACUGAGCGUUCUGAAUCUAUUCAAGCAUCAAUUAAGAAAUUAAGAUUCUAUUGGAAUAUGUGCAUGUAUGGGUCUAAUUAUUACCCAGAUGAGACUCUUGUGAUUGGUCUUUUCGAAAAGACUGAUUUGAUGAUAAAGGGAGAAGCUAAUUGUACAUUUGAAAAGAUGAUUUCACAUAAUUGCAGCAUUGGUGUUGAUAAAUUGAUCACAACUUACACGACUAAAGCCACACAACUCACAGAAGAUAUUGAUCUCAAAUCAACAACAUUUGAAUCAUUAUUUGAUGACUAUUUGGUAGUUAGUUUUUUCUCUACCUAUGUAAGCAAUUCAUUACUGUCAUUUUCAGAUGUAUUUGCUAUGGCUGCCUCUGUUCCAUCAGACAAGUUGGUGAUUCCAUUUGCCAUUCUUGGAUUUUUGACUUUGUUUAUAUUCUCGAUUGGUAUUUACAUGUCAAUGGGAAAGUAUUUCAAUUCAGUCCAACAACUGCGUCUUCUUUUCAAUUAUCUACCUCUAGACUUGAUGGACUCAAACGAAAAUAUUAAGAAUUAUAUUGUACAUCAUCAUCUUCCUGACUCAUUCUCAAACAUUUUUAGAAGAAAGAAAGGUUCUUCAUCAGAGGGCGACUCAAAAGUUCGAAGCAUUUUGAACGCAUCUGUAGAUGGAGCAGUGAUGUGCAGUGGAGAGAAGGUUGAUAUUGAAAUAUUCAAUCCAGCAGCUCAAAAGAUAUUUGGAUAUAAUCAAACAGAAACGAUUGGCAGAUCAUUGUAUCAAUUAUUUGAAAAGAAUGAGCAAUCGAAAAUUAAAAACCUCAUUGAUGAAAUGUUAGUGAAUGCAGCAAGAGGUGAUUCGAAAGGAGAUUCUAUUGAAUUGGAAUGUAUCAGAAAGAAUCAAACAAGCUUCCCAUCACGUGUCAAUAUUUUUGCCACUCUUCACAAUUCUCAAAGUGUUGUCACUUGUUUCAUUAAGGAUAUUACAACAGAGAAGAAGCAUAAUUCAUUAUUGACAGAAGAAAAGAAACAUUCUGAAGAAUUAUUAUUGAAUAUUUUACCAAGUGCAGUGGCAAGUAAAUUGAAAUCAGGAGAAACUUAUAUUGCAGAGAAAUUCAAUGAUGUUUCAUGUUUUUUUAGUGACAUGGUUGGAUUUACAAAAUUAAGUACUGGAAUUCAAGCAUCUGAAUUGGUUCAAAUGUUGAAUGAAAUUGUAAUUGGAUUUGAUGAUUUGACAGACAAAUAUAAUUUGGAAAAGAUUAAAACGAUUGGAGAUUCAUAUUUUUGUGUGGGUGGAUUACAUGGAUUAAAUGCACAAUCAGAUCAUCCUGAAAGAAUUUUGAGAUUUUCCAUUGAUACAUUUGAUGUUUUACAAAGAUUUAAUUCAAAAUCAGGAAAACAACCAUCUGAACAAAUUAAUAUUCGUGUUGGUAUUAAUACUGGAAGUGUUAUUGCAGGUGUUAUUGGGAGGAAGAAAUUUGCCUAUGUAUGUUUUUAA